UGUGGCUUACCAUAUAUCCAGCAUGUAAUUUGUUUUGCACCUGACACGCCAUGUGUUUCAUUCAGAUCGACCUAUAGCCUCAUGUUUGUGUUUGACUCUGGGGAGGACUAUCUGUUCCCUGGAGGAUCUCUGAAGUUCAUUGUCCACUCAAAAUUGUGACUAAACAGGGUUUACACAAGCUGUGUUUGCAACUUGCGCAAGGAUCUUGAUUUUACGCACGGCUGCCAACCUCUGCCAUCCACCUCCGAGGCUCAAACGGUGAUGAUGGGAGAUCGCUCGGUGUGCCUCUCCCAUAACUGCAGCCUGGAGGAGACCCACAACGCAACAAGGAACGCUGACCUUGGCAAGCCUCCUCUGUAUUAUUACACAAUCCCUCUGCUCACGGUCAUCACCAUCGCUUGCACGCUUCUCUUUCUGGUCGGGGUGACAGGGAAUGUCAUGACCAUUUUGGUGGUCAGUAAGUACCGGGACAUGCGCACUACUACCAACCUGUACCUUUGUAGCAUGGCCGUAUCAGACCUGCUCAUCUUCCUCUGUAUGCCACUGGACCUCUACCGUAUGUGGAGGUACAGGCCCUGGCGGUUUGGGGCCGCACUCUGCAAGCUCUUUCAGUUCGUGUCAGAGUCAUGCACUUACUCCACCAUCCUAAGCAUUACUGCUCUGUCAGUGGAGCGCUACCUGGCGAUCUGUUUCCCGUUACGUGCCAAGGCUCUGGUUACCAAAAGGCGUGUUCGUGCCCUCAUUCUUCUCCUCUGGACAGUGUCUCUAAUGAGUGCCGGGCCUGUGUUUGUCAUGGUGGGAGUGGAGUGUGACAGCAUGUGGCCAAAUUUCAGUGCUGCAAUGAAUGAGACAGGCUUCUCCCCGGAGGCCGGGGACACCCGGGAGUGUAAGAUUACGCACUACGCAGUGGAGUCAGGCCUGAUGGGGGCCAUGGUGUGGUUGAGCUCUGUUUUCUUCUUCAUGCCGGUCUUCUGUCUCACAGUGCUCUACAGCCUCAUAGGCCGUCGGCUGUGGCAGAGACACAGAGAGACAAACAUCAGCUCCCGUGUGGCUCACCGGGACAAAAGCAACAGACAGACAAUCAAGAUGCUGGUGGUGGUGGUGCUGGCCUUUGUCCUGUGCUGGUUGCCGUUCCAUGUGGGUCGCUACCUGCAGUUCCGCUCUCUGGACGCGCCGUCCCCUCUGCUGACUUUGUUGUCCGAGUACUGCAGCUUGGUGUCCGUGGUUCUCUUCUACCUGAGUGCCGCCAUCAACCCCAUCCUCUAUAACACCAUGUCCUGGAAAUACCGGUGCGCAGCGGCGCGCCUUUUCGGCAUGACUGACAGCCAGCCGCCACGAGGCCGCACAGCCAGCACCAUGAAGGGAGACGGCUUGAACGGCUGGACGGAAUCCACAGUUAGCUUCUAAACGCAUGAAGUGUCUGGAAACAAUUUGAAAGACUAUCAGUCAUAACACCAACUCAAAAGCCGUUAUUUCUGUCAGGCAAAAAAAACUGCGAGGCACUUGCCUUUAUUUGACUGGGACUAAAAGAAACAGUGGGUGAGAAAAAUGUGAGCCACUAACAGCUGCAAGUUUCUAUCUACUGUCAACAUGCAUUAAUAGAACUUCAAUUAUUUUUUCAAACGGUUCAUUUUCUUGUUCAAGUGCCCUGCAGUAUUGAUCAACACACUCAGCAGCAUUUCAAAAGCACGACUGGUGCAGUGCAAAAAUACACACCAGCCCGAAGUGCUUAUAUUGAUCCAAAUGUGAACAAUGUGCAUGCCCAUAUACUGUACAUGCACACAUAUAAAUAUAAUAGACAUCUACAAUUGCCUUAUAUUAUAUUCAUACUCUGGAUGACAAAGAAAGCACUGUAGAACUUGUGGCACUGCUCUGUACUCCUUCAGAGAGGGGCAGAAGUGCAGUGUGUGUGUGUGUGUGUGUGUGUGUGUGUGUGUGUGAGAGAGAGAAAGAGAGAGAGAGAGAGAGAGAGAGAGAGAGAGAGAGAGAGAGAGAGAGAGUAUUUGCAUGCAUGUUUUGUGUGCCAGCUGUCAUGUUGUGGAUGUGAUUUCUGUGAUUUGUAAGAGCGAGUGUGAAUAUGUAAAAAUUCUAAGUCACUGUUAUUAAUAUUUUGAAUGCCCUGUAUCUUGGAAAUUCAAGUCCAUGCUUUGUUGAUGCUGCCAAGAGGAGCCAAUCAAGGUUAGAGUUUGAUUGAUUUUGAUUUGAGGGAUUUUACAGAAUGCAAACAUUUUCAAGACAUGUUUCAUUAUGGCUCUAGUUUUUGUAAUUAUACUUUAUUCUUGUUAAAUGAUCAACAUUAUUCAAGCUGCAGGCCCUUGCUACUUAAAAAAAACAAUGUACAUGAGGAAGGUUUGAUUAAAUGAAGGAUUUAAGACAUCUCAGUUUGGUGCAUUAGACUAAGAAAGCUGAUUGGUGUUACUAAACACUUUAGCUUUAGAGUUUUGUGAACUGUGCUCCAUUGAAACUUUGUCGAUUUCAGCCAUCAGGUGCGCUGAUGUCAGUUACCUCCAUACAACAUACAGUACAGGGCUUUUUCUCAUUAUCACAGCUGCGUCAGUGCUAGAUAACGCUAGUAAGUGAUGAAAAGUGUCUGAAGGUAACUUUACACACCUGUAUAGAAGUACAAGAGCUGUCAACCUGGAGUAUUAGUUGCCCUGUGUAUCAUCUUCGGCAUGAAUUUGUUCCCCACUCCCAAAACAGUUCAGUGUGAACAAACGGACGGACUUCUUCAAUGGCUAAAUCAAAGCUAUAUUAUGUAUGCCUUACUUGUGUUGUUCAUUAAAUCGGCAAAUGUUUUAUUUUGAAAUUGCUUCAAAUGGGUUGCCCCAAAGGAAGCAAUUUUCAAGGGUGAACUUAAAUAGAAACAUUCUAAUGUGCCAAACAUGCAAACCCAUACAACACUAUUCUACAAGAAAGUGUUUUUUAAUUGCCCUUCCUUUAAGUAUGUAUAAGAUAAAGCAACAGAGGGGGAAAUGAAAGUGAUUUCAUUUGGUAAAGUCUCUAAGUGAUGAUGUUGUGCUUGUAAAUAGAUGUGAUGCUCAACGCUCAGAUGGUUUCAGCAGUCCAAAUCACCGCAGCAGCCUCCACCAAUCUGCACUGGAUUUCAAAACAUGGCCUCCUGGCUCUGAAGAAUGUAUCUCUAUUAAUAAAUGUUUCUGAAAUGUACAUACUGAUGUCAUGACAUGCUAUUUAUUAAUCUACAGGAUGUAUAAUUAAAAGAGUAAAAAUUCAUAUUUUCCUUUGUUUUGUUUUUUAAAGAUGUCUGUGAAUAUCUGCUGCUGGGUAAUGUAUCCGUCCAUGAUAAAGUCUUGUAAAAGAAAAAAAAGUUGCUUUUUUUUGUAGACAAUAUUUGUAUUGGGCGCACC